AUGUAUGUUGGUGUUGCCAUCAACCUGAUAGCUAAUCUGGCGUCUAGUGAUCAACGCUAUGUUGCUGUCAAGAUCAAAGUGCCCGAUCGAGAAAAGUCAAACGAAUUACUGAUACAGACCCAGCUCGCAGCCAGAAUAUCAGAAACUCCGCGCUCAGAGUAUAUUGUACAUCUACUGAACUCAUUCUAUCACCAAGGGCCAAACGGCAAUCAUCUAUGUACUGUGCUCGAGCCGAUGGGCCCGAGCCUGUCUACAGUCCUCAACGCCCCAUUCGAGAUCUACGACCCUUUGAACCCCCCCGUUCGAUGCCUUGCCAAAGAACAGAUCAAACGAAUUUUGAGGCACGUGCUCUUGGGGCUUAGCUUUCUUCACGACAAUGGCAUAGUCCACGGUGAUCUCCAUUCAGGCAACAUUCUCUUCGCCUUGCAAGAUCUAUCAUCGGUGGAGCGCGUCGCUCUUGAGCAAACCACGGAAAACUCUAGAAUCGACCAAUUGCAUCGUAUCGACGGAAAAUGCGACAAAUGGGCUCCUACAUAUUUAGCCGUCGCCGAACCCCUAUCUCAGCACGUCCGCUCAAGGGAAGCCGAGGCAGUCAAGCUUUCAGAUCUAGGGGGAGCUUUUCGCAGCGAUGAUCCCCCGCAGUCAGUCGUCACUCCACUUUGUCUCCGAGCGCCGGAAGUUAUCUUACAUGAACCUAUUGGAACUGGUAUCGACAUCUGGAGUUUUGGUUGUUUAGCCUACGAGCUUAUCACAGGGACUGUGCUGUUUCAACUGCCUGUAAUCGGGCUUAGCGAUGAGGGAUUGAAAGACGAGUGUCUGAUCCAACUAACGGAUAUCAUUGGCCCUCCGUGGCCUGCCACGUGUCCACGAAUCUCUAGAGAGGCUAGCGAAAGCGCAAAAGAAUGCUGA